GAUAGGAGAAGGUAUGGAAUGAGGCUUUGUGGUUUCUGUAAUUCUGAAUUCUUGUUGUAAUUGUAGAAACUGAUAAAGGCAUCAUUGAGGCAACAGAAGAUAUUGAAGGGUAUAUCUGCUUGUGUUCCGGCUUAUUUGCCUGAAAUGAUGACUAGCAGAAACCAGAUUGCUCAAAAUUGUGUCCCCAGUGUACCGCCACAGUGCCAAGACUAUCAAAGUAUUGAGUCUUUGAAACUUGAGGAGCCUGCUGCACCCAAAGAGAAAAAGGGACGUGCAUCUGCACCGCUUUGGUAUAUUACUGCAGAUGAAUUGACUUCCUUGCCACAGUACAUGAAAGGAAGGCUCACACUGGACAAGGUUAAUGCUGCCAUUAAUGACAUGGCAGCCUAUGCUGAUGCCAAUGCCCAACUUAUAGCAGCACCACGGAAGAAGCUGAAUGAGAGUACCUUGGAAAGAGCUUUGGAACUAAGGGAGAUUGCAACGUCAGAGGUUAACAAAGGAAAACACUUCUUCCUCGAAACUGAUAUCAAGGGGCCUACAUUGAAGUUUGACACUACAGGAAAAGGAAUAUUGACUGUCCUUCGACAUCUUGGUCGCAUUACCGAAGACAGAAUUGGGCAUCAUCGUGUAAUCAUUCUUUUGAGGCCUCAGUAGAUUGCAGCACUUAGAUUUGCUUAUUUUGAACUGGAAUUCUUCACCUUACUAGCACGUCAUAAGGCCAGCAGAAGCCAUGGAAUUUGGAUUGAACAAUAUUUUAACGUUUAUCCUUUAUCAAAAUUGAGUAUUCUCUGA